AUGUCAGUGAAAGUUCCUGAGGAGUCAGUUCAGUAUCAAUCUCACAAUCACUGCAAAUGUGAUUUCUGCAACAGUCGCCGCACAGUCAAUGAAAAGAAGCUUGGCGUCAGCAGCCGAGUUGCAGAUCUCCAGGCGUUGCAGCGACAAAACAAUUGUUGCUGCUCCUGCCAUGAAGUAUUGGCAGGACGAUCACUGAAAGGAAAGACGGCGCCGAACUUUGAACUCGACCAUCCGGAGCAUCACGUCAAUCAAACUGAACUCAACGCCAGGAUGGGCCGCACAGGACUCCCCACUGGUGAUAAGUACACCAUCUCAGCAGGACACACCGUUCGUGGAAAAGGAGACACCAGCCCUGGUGUUGGAAUGAUGACCCGUGAAGAGCGUGAAAAGGCCGCAAUGGAAGACCUUGAUCGCCUCGAGCGUCUUCUCAUUCUUGAACACAAAUCACGUGUAAAGGCAGCGGCAGACGCACAUAAUCUUGAGAUGCGGCAGUCCACUGGUAAAGGACUACGUCCACAACCAUUUGAUGUAACGGGUGAAGGUGUUGGGGCAACCGUUGGUGGGCUUCAAUCGACUGGAAUGACCACACGUGAUGCGGGAAUGCAUGGUACACCCGUACAAGGAACUGUUGUGGUUCAGCCUGGUACUAUUCGUGAGGCCUAUGAUCUUGCACAACGUUGCUCUGUUACUCCACCGCCCCACUGUGAGGUUUCUCACCGCCUGCAACACACAAUUAAUGAUGUACGUGCUGUGGCAAGAGAUCCUGUUAACCGAAAGAACACUGGUAAACUACGCCAUGUGCUCCAGCGUGAGGGUGUUUCUGGAGUAACACCAACGGUAUCUGACAAGAGUGAUGAGCAGAAUGGUGCUGCUGCUGCCAUGGGAACUACAACAGAGAGACCGGCUAAUUACUUUGGUCCUCGACCAGAGGGUGCAGGGGUUGUAUGGCGUAAAAUUCAUCCCACCCUUCAGGGGGGUGCAGCUGCCACUGCAACUGGAGGCAUUGGGAAUGUGGAUAACCGUGACCUGUGGAAGUCAACUCUAGUGAAGGGAAAAAGUUCAAAGCAGGCAACUGCCACUGAUGAGAAAAAUACUUUGAAUGACUCCAAGGCUGCUAAUGGUUCAGGUGCAGCACGUACUGGUAUGAGUGAUCUUGAGAAGACUUCACCAGGUGCUUAUGCUGCCCUUACACUACAGCAGCAGCAUCAGGGUGGUCGAGCUAUGAAGAGUCCCACUCCAAUUCCCACCGUUCGUGAUGCCGAAGACACACGUAUAUAA